CGCUGCCACCGCCGGGCCUGCGGACCGAGGUAUGGAACGGAUGGAAGUGGACCAGUGCGCAGGCGCAGCUGGCGGGGCAGGAGGCGGGGCACUCCGGAGAUCGAACAGCGCCCCCAUGAUCACUAGUGUCAGUGACGGGAUGACGGUCUUCAGUCCCGUGUCCUCGGCUCGAUACAGACGCAGCAGCGUGUCCAUCAACCCCAGCUGCCCCUCACAGCUCGUUCCUCUCUCACCUUUCUCCCUGACCGGAGACAGACACGACCACAAGAGACAGGAGGAGAACAUGGAGAUGACGCUCAGAGGGAGUCUGCAGAGGCUGAGUUCUUCCAGUUUGAUCCCAGUUCCUCCAGUCAGUCAGUGGCACGACCACGCGUCAGUGUGGUUCCAGUCACAGGACAGCGGCGUCACGCCCAACUCCUCACCAAGUCCCACCAGGAGGUUCAGACCAGCCGUCAGUGCCACGGUGAGGUGGCCUGCACUCACGCCGCUCAAGAGAAAAGGAGGGGUGGAGUCUGACGGACCCCCCAAGAAGCUUUUUGUUGCCGGGGUGACAGAUCCCACCAACCGCAGCAGCUACACGGUCAGUGUCUCUCAGUCGGUGGCGGACUCUCCACCUGCAGGUGGUGUCAGUCCUCAGUCCAGCCCUCUCUCCCUCUCUCCUCCUCCCGCCUUCACCCCCUUCACCUCCCACCAGCACCCCGGACACUAGAGCCCACCUCCGCCCUCCUCCUCAGCCUGAAGCACGACCCUGUCACUGUGGGCGCCGACCGACCACCAGCAGCUCCAGAGACAUUAAAAGAAACCUGGAGGAACAUCGAUCCCCCAUCGGACCUCGUUUCUGUUCCAAUCACCUGCCAGCAUCACUGUAAGCCCCGCCUCCUCCUGCGAGCUCAUUGGAUCGUCAGAAGAAUCACAGGAAAGAAAUCAUGAAUUCAAGGUUGCGACAUCCGAAUGUGAAACUCUCCUGCCGGGUUUCCUGUUUUUCGAUCCCUCGAGUUUAUUUUUUUUUUUUGCAGCGAGUUUCCGCUGUUUCUAUUGGCUGGUUGGAUAUUUAACCAGCUGAACUUUUCGACAGUUCAUCGCUCUUCAGUUGAUCCCUCACAGAUCUCACCAUGUUGGACUGUGCUCGGGCAGAAGGACCGACGUCUGCUGUCACAUUCUUGGCCUCCUUCGAUCCCGCGAGUUAAAUGGUUUACAGAGGAUUCAUCAUCAGCAUCAUCGCACGAUCACAAAGAAGCUUUGUGAAACUGAGGACACGAGGCGAGAAUAAAACAUCUGUGGGAAUAAACAAAGAAACGGAUCCCAACUUGUCCCACAGACCAGAACCUCAGUCGAGCUACGUGGCCGAUUCAUUGGAGAGAGAAGUAAAACUCGAUUAUUGUGUAAGUUGUUUGGAUAAAAGCAUAAAGCACACAAAUGUGCAGCCGGAAGACGCUCUCGUUCCUUGGCUGCAGUCCUCUGAGAACAUGGAACGGGUUCUGUCAGACCGGUUCUGCAGAUGUGGAAGGAGUCCAAGCCCAGAAUGGGAUGAAGCUCGUCUUGCUGCUUCUUGGAUGGACGACAUCUCGGAGCUGCUCCGGUCCAAUCAGUCGUCGCUGUUAAUGAAGUUCCAGAUCUUGAUCUCUGAUUAAGGUUCUGAAGAAGUUCUAUUAAGGUCUUGAGUUGUAAUCAAGACGACAAAAUGUUCCCAGACUGUUGAUCAGAAUCUCUGAAGGAGUCGAGGACUUUCAGGAGCGUUUGGUUCCGUCUUCAGUGAUCCAGACGACACUCACGUACGUAACGUACCGAUUUCUCCGUCAGCUGAUUACUCUGAUCCGGUCUUGACUGUUGGAUCUGUGGAGGAACAUCUGGACUCUGCCAGCACUUCUAACAGUGAACCAGGGUUCUGCACUUCUUGUGCCUCGUAUCAUUUCUAUUGAACUUGACAGAAAAUAUAUUUAGAAUCUGCUCAAGAUGAUUUUUUCAUCUUUAGUCGACAAAGCAGAGGAUUAAACCACAUGAAGGGGAUAAAGCUUUCUGUAAGGCCAAAACUGCUAGUUGAGUAUUUUUUGUCAGUGUUUUUGAGCCCAAACCAGCGAAAACCUGACAAAGUUCAGCCGUGAACAAAGUUUCAGUCAUUGAAGCAGAAGAUUUUUGUGUUUUAACGAAAGGUUCUAGUCUCUUUUCACCAGGAGAAACUUGACAGUCAGCAGUUUGUUAAACUGAUGGUUUCACUGUUGGAGGUUUUUGAGAGACUGGUUUUACAAACUGGCUCCCAGUCAGCAGCCGAGUGUUUGUUAAUAGUGUAUCUAUAUGUGAAUAUCGACAGUCUGAGCAGCUGAUAAGUGCUCAGUUUUCUUCCGGCUGCAGUGUUUGAUUGUACAUAUUGAAUCUGCAGGAAGCGAUCGCGCUCUUUCCUCCUGAAGGUGCAUUUAAACUGCGACUUCUCACUUCCCACUUCAUUUUCUCUCUGACCGACUUCUUCUUCUGACUUGAAUCAGCCUCACUGUUGUUCAUGAAGGUCGUCUGAUUGGUUAAAGACAGAAAACACGACUCCGCCUGCUUUACUGCCUGUUUGUCACACAGCCAGUCAGAAGUCGCCCUUCUGUCCUCUGUCCAUCCUGAAGUGUCUCUAACAUGUUAACCAGAGAGUCAAACCUUCUGCAGUUUGUUUUACUAGAGUUAAAACUUUAGAUUUUAGAUUAGGAUCCAGGUUUUUGUGUCCUGGUUUCUUUAUCUUCUUGCACUUAAAAGAAAUGCCCUUAAUUUAAAAUCCAAAUAAAUCUUUAGAUAAAGUUGAUGGUAAUCUAGAACUGGGCACAGAAACUGUCAGGUGAGAAUCAGCACAGAGUCUCUAAAGAUCCAAAUCAUCCCAGCUGAACGCAGCCAAAGUGCAGAAAGGAUCCGUAAUCAGAUAAUAAUGGACGAGGAUCAGAACCGCUGGACUUUCUUAUCUCAGAAAAUUUGGGGGCAAAAUCUGACUUUUAGUUGGAUUAUUAUGUUUUUUAUGCAGUUGCACAGUUGCUCUGAUCCUCCUCUGUAGGUUUUUAACUCGAUCCUGCAGAUUUUCACAUUAUUACAGAUAUUCAGUGACUUUUUCUGUCGUGUCCCAUCAAAAUAUAAAUUAUGGUUACCAUGACAACAUGAAUCCCUGACACAGACAUCAUUUUAAUAAACAAUUCACAAUGUGGAUUAAUGAAGAUUAUAUUACCGUACAGUCAGGACGCUCGUUAGCGUCUCAUCAGAGGUCAGAGGUCAGUCAGGGGUCAGUCGGGGGUCAGAGGUCAGAGUUCAGGAAUGAGCUGCAGUUCUGCUUCCUUCUUUUGCACUUGCACAGUAUUGUACAGUUUUGUAUUCUCACUCAUCGUUGUGCCUCAACAUGUCGUCAUGUUCAGGUCCGGGUCGGUUCUCAUCAUGUUGGACAUCGACAGGAAUCUUUUUGUUUGUUUUUGACGACCUGCCACCUGUGAGAUGUUUGUACAUAGAGUCUCUAUAAGCUGUUUUUAUUUAAGUGUCUUUACGCCCCCAAAAAAUCUCCGAGUCAGCGAGUCGGUCGCGGCUCCCUCAGCUGCUCCGACGCCGCCGAGAUCGUCAUGUUUCCAGACCUGUUGGUGACGGAGCUGUCGGGUGUUCUGUUGUCGUGACUUUGCACAGUUCUAGUUCGACCAUUUAAAUCUUUCUUCUGUUACAUGAUCAGUAACAAAUCUUCAUGAAAGAAAUGCUGUUAAGUUUUGCUGCUUCUUCUGUUUUUCCUGCUUUAUUUCUUGACUUGUUAUCGUCUCUCUGAGUCUGUCCUGUUCCCAUACAAUUCACUUAAAGUCCAAAAGAAUUACUCGUUAUUAAAUAUGAAGACAUAAGACAAUAAAUUAUAAAUUUGAGCAGAUGCUUUGCUCAAAGUUUCGGACACAAUUUGAUUGUUUUCACGUGUUUUUGUACAGUAAUACACUGUAAACAUCCAGUUACAGGUCGAGGUUUAACCUUUAAACUGUCAGAGAACAGAAUCUGUCUCUGACCUGAGAACAGUCCAGAGUUUGAACUGGUGAGAAGCAGGAUAGACUUUCCUGAGAGGCGACAACACGCUGCCAAACUCCUCCAGCUGUACAGACACAAACUGUAGCUUUAAGACAAUUUCUGUUUGUCGUUUUUUACCUUUGCACACUCGUCUCCCACACAGCAGAAGACAGAAGCAGCUCUUAUGUAGCCGGAUCACAAUGUGACGAGGACUCAGUCUGCACUCUGCUGCUCGUUUGGAUUUCUUUCUGCUUCACAGAAGUUUUAAAGCCAAAAAUCAAUCAGCAAAAAUGCAAAAGUUUAUUCAGAACGUUCUCACAGACGAGGCGAUCAGUUUUCUCUCCACCGACGUCUUCUCUGGAUUUACUGCUCCUGGUUUGUGUCUCGAGGCUCAAAUCAUUUUAAGUCCAAUUAUUUUUUUUAACGUACAUUUCCAGUGUGAUUUUAACACUCUGAUGCUAAUCUGGGUGUAAAUGCUAACAGUUAGCAUAUCAAAUGAAAGCGUUUGGACGUUGCUGAGCUCAGGUCUGUCCGGGGGAACCGUGUAAACAGUUUGCUGAUAAUCUUGAACUGAGUAUCACGGACAUGUGAACACAUCAGCCUGGUUUAUUAGUUGCAGCUCUAAGAAAGAUGAAACUGGAUGAUAUAUGGAACAUUAUCUGUCACCAUCAGCACUGCAGUCACACUGGAGUCGAAUGUUCUUUUAAUUGACUUUGGUCCUCGUGACGCUUUCUUCUCCCUCAAAAUCUCAUCAAUCUGUUUUUCAGCACCUGUUUUAUCUUCAGCUUCUUUACAAACGUGGAUUUAAGAUGUUACACGUUCAAGUUUUUCUGUUCGGGUCAUUCUUCGGUAUAAACUUGACCUUUUCUCCACGUGACAGCAGUUGUACUUCAGUUAUACUUCAGUUAUACUUCAGUUAUACUUCAGUUAUACUUCAGGCUUUGAGAGGCGUCGAGUCGAGUCUGAGGUCACAGCAGCCGCUCAGUUCUCUCUUUGUGUUUUUCAGUUUGUCGUCACUGAGACAGAAGUCCGAGCAUGUAGCGAGUAACCAGUCAAUGUUUUUCAGUAUUAAAGCGACAUUUCACUCUGGCAGAAACACGAUGAUUUCUCAGCACAAAUACGCAAAAACACCAAAACUGACCGUCACGACCUAAAGAUCAGAUCAGUCAGAAUCACUGAGCGGAGGUCAGUUAGUCGUCGUGGACGAGGAUGUUUGAAGACGACGACGUCGAUCCUCCGUCCUGAAGUUUAGAUUAUUAUGUUAAAGUUGAAGCCUUAAAAACAUUUGAUUUGUUGUUUUAUCACAAUCAGAAAAAAGUGAUCUGGUAACCUCGAUGUGAAAAUGUUCUCUUUCGCAAAAAAUAUUCUAAUUUGGACGAAAAGAAUCGUGAUUAAAUGUUUAAAUGCUUUAAGAGAAAAGUGUUUUUGUUACUAUGAAAUCUUGAAUGUUAACGUUUUUAAACAAACUACAAACCAACACCAUCACUUCAGAUUGUAAAGCUUUAAAAAGUCGACUUAUAAAGUAAGAAAAGUUGUAGCUGUUUCCAUUUCCAGUCUUUAUGCUAAGCUAAGCUAACCAGCUGUGAGAGCUGUUGAACUCACCGUAAGAAAGCAAAUAAAAAAUUCUCCCAAAACAUCAAAUUCUUUGUUUUUAAGUCUUCACUUCUGUCAGGACGUGAAGUCUGAAAUAUUUAAGCACUUUAUAUGUUUUGUGACACAAAAAAAUUAAAAUCAGUUUCCCCUAAAAAGCAGAAAAGACGAGACAUUAAAACUUCAGCCGGACGUUCUCCUUCAGUGCUGAAAGACGUCGCCGACGAGUCAGAGUGAGAUUCAACUUUAAAAAAAAAAAGGGCUGCUAGAGUUUUAGUGAGGUGAUAAAAGGGAACUAAAAGCACAUCUAUAAAAACAUUCACACAAGUAUUUUCAAAGUGUAAAUAGUUUUUCUCUCUUUUCUUUUGGACAAAUUCUCUUCAUACACAAAUGAGAUGAUGUAUUUUUAUGCAACUGUAAAAUAAAAGUCUAUAUUCAAGUGUUCAUUCCCUCCUGAUGAUCUUGUGGCUGUAAAAAUGACGCAGAAUGACUUUUUAGUUUUUAGUGGAGACGAUUCAUCUACGAACUAUAAAUAUAUAUUAUAUUGUAUAAAAACUACCAAUAAAACAAAGUCUGUAUCAUA